AUGGCAAGACGAGAGAGAAGCAAUAAUUUUAUAGAUAUCAUGAGGUCGAUGCUAAGCUUUUUGGAUGGGCGAAUGGAUUCUGUAGAUGGAGGGCCUAUGCAUAGCGGGGCAUUUGUUGAUAGACUAAGAAGUAGGCUGUCUGAUCUUGUACGCGGUAGAAUGGAGAAUGAUGCAGCAGAGAACAGAGCAGAUGGGGAUGAGAACGCCAUAACAGACGCAGUAAGUUCCCGAAGAAACCGAUUUGUGAAUAGCAAUGUGCCAAAUGCUGAGGAACGCGAGAUAAUUAACAGAUGCAAUAGGAUAAUGAAUGUAGCAGAAAGGGAAUUGAGCCGAUCAAGGAGUCGUAGGCAAAAUGCACGAUCAACUGAGAAUGAAAAUCCGCAGGAAACUUCGAAUACCAGGAGUCCGUUUGUUCUGAGGACAUCUGUUGUUGUUACAGGAAGUGGACGAUCUCCAGUGGCUACUACAUCUAUUGAUAGCCAAGGGGACAAUACAGUGGAUGCAGAAGGGAGAGCAGCAAGUGGUAGAGAGCAUGAGAAUGGGUUGCCACCGAUGCCUGCUCAUGAGGUUCGUGUUCUGCUUGUUUCUCCGAAUGAAAUGCCACGAGGAGGAGUUAUUUAUGAAAUACAGAUCAACUUUGACAUACUUGAUGGAUCUUCAGAGAUGCCUGUGACGGCUACGAAGGAGUCUCUCGACAAGAGUGCGAUUGUAAAGGCCGGAGAGGGGGAUGAAGCACAAGAAUGCACAAUAUGCAUGUGUAGCUUUGCAAGGAAACAGAAACUGCGAAUGCUGCCAUGUGAGCACAAGUUUCAUAUGAAGUGUGUUGACAAAUGGCUUCUCGGUCACUCUAACAAAUGUCCUGUUUGUAGAACAGUUGUGUAG